GGCUGGAGUAGUCUUUGUUCAGUCAUCGCUGCUUCACGGCACCGGCGACAUUAGUGCUUUUGCUUUCACAAUAUCCACAGUGUUCCCUGUGGGUAACGAUGAGAUUUAGGGUAUCUAUAAUGGAGUGAAAGUACCAAACAACAGCAAAGACGUUUCCACAAACGUGCCGGCACAAUCCAGGACAAGUUCCUCUGUUAUUGACUUGGAGCUCUCCCAGAUCGUGCGACCGCGGGGGCUGACGGUACAGUCUGACGUCUGAAGGCCUCCGCAGUGAUAACUGUUUAAAACAGUACGUGUCAUCUUAAUGAGCCAGUUUUGUCUGUUUCCCCCAAGGUGUAUGCACGGAGCGAUGGGAGACAGUGCAGGGCUGCAGUUUGUCAGCUCCUAUGCUUUUGAAGCCAUGCAGAAGGUGGAUGUAGUGCGCCUGGCUGCGUUAAGUGAUCCGGAGCUGAGGCUGCUGCUGCCCUGCUUGGUGAGGAUGGCGUUAUGUGCCCCCGCUGAUCAGAGCCAGUCCUGGGCACAGGACAAGAAGCUUAUCCUCCGCCUGCUCUCUGGGGUUGAAGCCGUCAACUCCAUUGUAGCACUUUUGUCUGUUGACUUUCAUGCCUUGGAGCAGGAUGCACGGAAGGAGCAGCAGCUUAGGCACAAGGCAGGUGGCUCUAAUGCAGAAAGCAUCCUGGUGUCACAGCUGCAGCACGGCCUAACUCUGGAGUUUGAACACAGUGAUCCCCUCAGGAGGCUCCGUCUGACCCUCAGUGAGCUCCUAGCUAUCAUGAACAAGGUGGCAGACUCCAAUGGAGAGUUUUUCUUAAAGUCUUCUGAACUCUUUGAAAGUCCUGUGUACUUGGAAGAGGUUGCGGAUGUCCUCUGCAUUUUACAAGCAGAGCUGCCGUCGCUCCUGCCGAUCGUGGAUGUGGCCGAGGCUUUGCUUCACGUCCGCAAUGGUGACUGGUUUCUGUGUCUGCUGGUUGCCAAUGUUCCUGACAGCUUCAAUGAAGUGUGCAGAGGUCUGAUUAAGAACGGAGAGCGUCAGGAUGAGGAGAGCGUAGGUGGGCGGCGCAGGACUGAAGCGCUCCGGCAGCUAUGUCAGAUGAAUCCCUCGCAGGCUCUCAAUAUCCGGGCUAUGGUGGUGGAGGAGUGUCACCUGCCUGGUUUGGGUGUGGCUCUCACUCUGGAUUAUAAACCAGAUGCAGCAGAUGAGGCAGUCAGUCCUCUUGUGUCUUACGUCAGCGGACUGCUGCUCGGCACCAAUAGCAAAGUCCGUACGUGGUUCAGUAUGUUCAUUCGCAAUGGACAACAGCGUAAGAGGGAAAGCAGCUCAGUGCUGUGGCAAAUGCGCAGACAGCUGCUGCUCGAGCUCGUCGCCAUCCUGCCGCGUUCGCGCAGCACCCAUGUGCCCAAUAAUGGCGACAUGGAGGAGGAAGGAGGCUCGGGGUACUCUGGCCUCAGAGAGGAGCACGUGGUGAAGGCCAGCGCCCUGCUCCGACUGUACUGCGCCCUCAUGGGUAUUGCAGGUCUCAGACCUACAGAUGAGGAAGCAGAGCAACUACUGCAGCUGAUGACCAGCCGGCCUCCUGCCACUCCUGCUGGCGUUCGCUUUGUCUCCUUGUCCUUCUGCAAACUGCUGGCCUUUCCUACUCUAGUCAGCACUCCAGAGCAAGAACAACUGAUGGUCAUGUGGCUCAGCUGGAUGAUCAAAGAGGAGGAAUACUUUGAAAGCGCCGCAGGCGUAUCUGCUUCUUUUGGAGAGAUGCUAUUACUGGUUGCCAUGUAUUUCCAUAGCAACCAGCUCAGCUCCAUUAUUGAGUUGGUGUGCUCUACUUUGGGGAUGAAGAUUGCCAUCAAGCCCAGCUCACUGAGCAAGAUGAAGACCAUCUUCACACAGGAGAUCUUCACUGAACAGGUGGUUACAGCUCAUGCAGUCAGGGUUGCAGUGACCAACAACCUAAGUGCCAACAUCACAGGAUUUCUUCCCAUUCACUGCAUCUACCAGCUGCUUCGGAGCCGAGCCUUCACCAAGCACAAAGUGUCUAUUAAGGACUGGAUCUAUCGCCAACUCUGUGAGACGACGACACCCAUCCACACCCAACUUAUUCCCCUAAUUGAUGCUUAUAUCAACUCCAUCCUUACUCCAGCUUCCAAGGCAAACCCAGAGGCCACCAACCAGCCAAUCACAGAGCAGGAAAUCCUCAAUGUCUUCCAGAGCUCUGCAGGACAAGCGGAUGGUAGUCGAGCAGGACGGCAGCGCUACUCUAUCACCACCCAACUGCUUAUCCUGUACUACAUCCUGUCAUAUGAGGAGAACCUGCUGGCUAGCACCAAACAGCUGGCCCUGAUGCAGAAGAAGCCAAAAUCCUACUCUGCAGCCCUGAUGGACCAGAUCCCCAUUAAGUACUUAGUUACCCAGGCCCAGGGGCUGCAGCAGGAACUCGGAGGUCUGCAUUCGGCCCUACUAAGACUGCUUGCUACCAACUACCCACAUUUAUGCCUUGUGGAGGACUGGGUGUGUGCGGAGGAGGUGACCGGUACCCUGCCCCUGUUGAGGAAGAUGAUGCUUCCCAGCAACACCUGUAGAUACACCCAGAGACAGCUUCACCAGGCCUUCCAGAAGUUGCCGUCAGGUAGUCCCAGGCUGAUGCGUAUCCUGGAACAUUUAACGCUGCUUUCACCCGGAGACCUGAUCCCUUACGCGGAGGCCCUCACAGCCAGCACGGCUCUGCUGCUGGAGCCUGCUGUGCCUCGUCGUAUACUACAGACCGUCAACAAGCUCUGGAUGGGUCUGAACACCGUGAUGCCCCGCAGGCUGUGGGUGAUGACGGUAAACGCCCUCCAACCUUCAGCGAAGCUGCUCAGGCAGCAGAGGUACACCCAGAACGACCUGAUGGUCGAUCCUCUCAUCGUGCUGCGCUGUGAUCAGAGAGUAUACAGAUUUCUUCUGAUACAAAAGAUGAGCAGCGCGGGCAGCCCGGACAGCGCAGCAGUGCAGAUUCUUCUGGAGGUGUGCCUGCCAACCUCUGAAGAGCAGCAGCUGGGGGCCACCACAGACAGCCUGUUGAGGAGCAUUCGGGGCCCCGUGCCAGGGAAACCGAAACAGGGAAGCCUGGGGCCCACAGCCAAGGGGGGCGUGGAGGCUGCGGAGCCAGAGGGAGGUUUACUCAGCGAUUUGAGGGAGGUGCAGUGUCUCAUCUGUUGUCUGCUGCAUCAAAUGUUCAUCGCCGACCCCAACAUUGCCAAGUUGGUCCACUUUCAGGGUUACCCUCAAGCUCUGCUGCCUCUAACUGUGGCAGGCAUUCCCUCCAUCCAUAUCUGUCUGGACUUCAUCCCGGAGCUGCUGGCCCAGCCCCAGCUGGAAAAGCAGAUCUUUGCAAUCCAGUUGCUGUCAUAUCUGUGCACCCAGUACGCCCUACCCAAGUCCCUGAGUGUGGCCAGGUUGGCCAUCAGUGUCAUGGGCACACUUCUUACAGUGCUGACUCGUGCCAAGCGUUUCCUCUUCUUCAUGCCCACCCUGCCAUGCCUGGUGGCUUUCUGCCAGGCGUUCCCUCCGCUUUACGAUGACGUGGCAGCUCUCUUAGUACAAGUGGGCCAGGUUUGUUCUUCGGACGUGGCCACCAAAGCCAGGGACAUCGAUCCUUUUAUCGCGCGCUUGCAGUAUCUUAAGGAGAAACCACUGGAGGCUGAGGUCUCAGGAGGACACCCCUGCAAGCUGACGCUGCCCCAGAAGACAGCAGAGGAGCUGGGUGGGGCUGACCCUGAUGUGCAGCUCUGUUACUGCAUAGAGGCCACCUUCAUGGACAUUAUCAGCUGCACCCUUCACGGACUAUAGAGCAAACACACAGACUCUGGAUGGUUCAAAGGGACUGGAUUAAACCAACAACUGCAAACACUGCCUCUGUGUUCAUGUGCUCUGUGAUCAUUUGUAGAAAGUACAAAAAUGAAAAUGUUUUUGGGGGUUUUCUUCGACCUCUGUAAACAUAUUUUUUUAACUUUAAGUGCUACGACCUUUUUUUCUCAGGCACUGAAAAAAUGUUGCCUUCAGAUGUGAGAGUUUUGUAAUGUAUUUGUUUGUAAUAAAACAAAGGAAAUAUCCGUCUGAGGUUUAUUCUGCAGUGGGAAGUUUGCAUAGAUGUGGCUUCUCAGCAUAAAUCUGGACUCCUGGUUUUCUGCCCCUGGCAUAUAAUUAAGAUUUUAUUUCUUGUUUUUACUGGAAAUAGUUUUUUUAUGCAAUCAAAAAAAGACCUUUAAAUCCAGCUACAGUUAAGUCUUAGGAGUUAAGUUUUUGACCUUUUAACAUUUUGUUUAACACAAGUUCAAUAAUCUUGAUAAAUACCUGAAAUAUACAGAAGAACCGAUUCUUGUCGGUUACAAUGUUUCCAGUAACUAAAGUCAUUAAAAUGGUUUAUAAUGAAAUCUUUGUACCUUUGAGCACAAACAUGGUUGGUUCCGUCUAAAACAAGCAGCUGAUUUCAAAGACAUAAACAGCACUUAUUCAAACAUUCACAGCUUCAGAUAAUAACUUUGGCUUAUGAUUAUUAGAUGACCUGCUGCUGGUGCACGUGUAUAAAUAUACUGUCCAA